AUGAGCGUACUGAGCUGGAACUGUCGAGGGGCGGGAAACACCGAGACAGUUCGUCGUUUAACGGAGAUGCGUAAAGACCAUUAUCCGGAUUUCUUGUUUCUCAUGGAGACUAAACAAAAAGAUAGUUACAUGAUCGGUUUACAAAAAACUCUUGGUUACGAUAGAAUGUUUACUGUUGCGCCUGAAGGUUUGAGUGGAGGCUUAACAGUGUUGUGGAAAGAUUGUUACAAGGUAGAGAUCUUAUCUUCAGAUAAAAGGCUCAUUGAUAUGAGUGUGGAGAUGGGAUCAUUGUUUUUCUUCUUGUCUUGUGUCUAUGAAGACCCAGUUAGAGACAGGAGGCAGUUGGUGUGGGAUAAGCUAGUGAAUAUUGGCUUAACAAGGGAUCGUGCGUGGGCACUGAUUGGUGAUUUCAAUGAGUUACUAGAUAACUCAGAGAAGUUAGGAGGAGCAGUUCGAAAUGAUUCUACGUUUUGGGAUUUUAGGAAUAUGGUUGAAAAUUGCAAGAUCAAGGAAGUGAGGUCAACGAGUAAUACUCUCUCUUGGGUUGGCUGGCGAGAUAAUGUUUGGGUUCAAUGCAGACUGGACCGUAGCUUUGGAAACGAUGAAUGGUUUCAGUUGUUUCCUCGAUCCAACGUAGACUAUAUGGAGAUGUGGCCAUCAGACCAUAGGCCUCUGCUUUUGAAGUUUCUCUUCGAACCUCACGAUCGUGGUCAGGGUCGUUUCUACUUCGAUAAGAGAAUGGUGGGAAAGGCUGGUUUUGAGGAUGCAGUUCGACGAGGUUGGGAUGGAGGCACUGGUGACAAUUCGUCUAUCAUGGACCGCUUAUCGGGUUGUAGAAAAGAGCUAUCAAGGUGGAAGAGAUCUUCGGAGCUUAAUUCUAAAACCCGUAUUCAACGGCUAAACCAAAAGCUUGAGAAGGAGAUUGCAAAGACAAGACCAAGUGCUCGCUCUAUGCGUCGGCUACGAGUACAGCUUGCUCAAGCUCACCGAGACGAAGAGAGAUACUGGAGACAGAGGAGUAGGGAACAAUGGUUGAGAGAAGGUGAUAUGAAUACAGCAUAUUUUCACAAUGUCGUGAAGGGAAGAAAGAUCAGGAACAAUAUCUUGUUGCUCAAGGAUGAUCAGGGAACAAAAUUUUUCUCAGAAGGAGCUAAAGGCGACAUUGCUGUUGGGUACUUUCGUGAUUUGUUCAUGAGUUCUAACCCGGCGGACCUUGAGUCUCUAUUUGAGGGCUUUCAAAGCAAGGUCACUGCGGAUAUGAACGAAACGCUUACUAAGGAGUUCACACCAGAAGAGAUAAAGAGAGCAGCGUUUUCGAUCAAAGGUAGCAGUGCACCUGGAGAAGAUGGGAUCACUGGGGUCUUUUAUCAGCAGUACUAG